GCCCGAUCAAACGAACCUUACCGCUCCUGGGCCGCGCGCGGUUCUUCUCCGAGCCGGUGAAACGCGAUCUGACCCCGGUGGUCAAGACCUACAUGCAGGACCCAGACCACCCCGCGAACUACACAGUUCUGAGACUUCUCCGCGGUCCGACG